AUUCCUGUAAAUNCUGUUAACAAUGCGGAACUGGUUAAUAAAAUCGGCGAACAGUGUGACGUCGACUUGGACACUGUCAUCACCCUUACAAAUACGGACGAGGAGUCUUCGAAGAAGCAUCCGUUCCCUUGUCCUUGCAGCUACAGGACAGCGUUGACACAUUAUUUGGACAUCACUAGCAACCCACGUACACAUAUCCUCAAGGAAUUGGCCGAGUAUGCUACUGAACCCACGGACAAGGAGAAACUCAAAUUGAUGGCGUCCACCACUGUAGAAGGCAAGGCAGCUUAUCAACAGUGGAUAGUUCAAGAGAAUCGCAAUAUCGUGCAUAUCCUGGAGGACAUUCCCAGCUUGAAGCCACCUUUGGAUCAUCUCUGCGAAAUCCUGCCGCGAUUACAAUGCCGAUACUACUCCAUAUCCUCAUCCCCGAAGCUUCAUCCGACCUCGAUCCACAUCACGGCAGUGGUAGUAGAGUACAAGACUCCGACUGGUAGGAUAAACAAGGGCGUCACGACCAGCUGGUUAAAGGAAAAACAUCCCUCCGAUCCACCUUGCCUCGUCCCGAUCUUUGUAAGGAAGUCUCAAUUCCGUUUGCCCAUACGUACCUCCACUCCUAUCAUUAUGGUCGGACCAGGCACUGGUUUAGCACCAUUCAGAGGCUUCAUACAAGAACGCGACUUGGCGAGGAAGGAAGGUAAAGAAGUAGGCGACACGAUACUCUACUUCGGCUGCAGAAGAAGCAAGGAAGAUUUUCUAUAUCACGAUGAGUUGGCACAAUAUGUAGAGAACGGAACGUUAACGUUACACACUGCCUUUAGCCGAGAACAACCUCAGAAAGUUUACGUCACACACUUGCUCGAGAAGAACAAGGAAGAAAUAUGGCGAGUGAUCGGCGAACAAAACGGACACAUUUACAUUUGCGGAGAUGCGAGAAAUAUGGCGCGCGACGUGCAUAAUAUAUUACUCAAGGUGGUGAUGGAACGAGGAAACAUGUCAGAACUCGAUGCUAUGGAUUAUAUUAAAAAGAUGGACUCACAGAAACGAUAUUCCAGUGACGUCUGGAGCUGAGCAGUAACUCGAGGCAUAGAGAAGCACAAUUUCCGUCAAAAUCUGAAAAUUGAAUUCAAUUCAAUUUGUCAGAACGCCAGGUCGAUCGACAGUAA